AUGGAAAUUGAAAAUUUGCCAAACGAGAUUCUAGAGCAAAUCUUCCGUUUAUUACGAACAGAGGACUUGGAGAACGUAGCAUUAGUUUGUCAUGAGUGGAAAGAAAUAAUUCUUAGUGUUGUAAUACCGAAAUACUACGUAAUACAUCUGCAACCUGUCCACCCGGUUACACAUCAAUUGAAUGCAAUUCCCACGUUGUUCCAUUCCCAAACAACAAGCUUAGUUCCAAAGUGGCAUUAUAGAAUUACCAUUCCCAGUGAUGAGUUACCGAAAUGCGAAGCAUUUAUCGAUUUUUUCAAAACCUGUGGUCACCGUUUGAAAUCACUUAGCAUGCAAAUCUUGCAGCUGACUGAAGCUGUCCUCCACAUUUUUUGUUACCUACAAAACUUGGAAGAGCUUUGCUUGAUCACCGAAUCGGACGAACCGUACGGGCAAAAACCCCCAAAUCCUGAAACUUACCUUUCACCGCUGAAGAGCCUCAAAACCUUGAAGUUGAUCCUUCCAAACUACUACUUGCUGCAGAACGCGUCUCUGCUUUCGUGCGCUCCUUUGCGUACACUUUCGUUGGAACGUUUCACCGUAGAACUUGAGCAACUGAAACCAUUUCUUGUGCAACACUCGGGCACUCUGCGUGGGCUUACGGUACGGGUUGAAGAACUGAAACCCCUGCUGCAGUUCAUGAACACUCUGCCGGAUCUGGUGCUAUUCCAGCUGAACAUCAAAAGCGACGGCAACGAAGACGACUUCACCGAUGCGCUGCUUCAACUGUUCGAUCAGCAAGGACAGCUUCGUACCCUGAAAAUUGGCUCCGAAUUAUCCCUUCGUGCCGUAGCCGCUCUACCGCGGAAAUUGCCCGAUUUAGAAGAGUUGGAACUUAUUGCCGAAAGCAUUCAUGAUUGUAAAUCUUUUGCGCAACUCAAACGCUUGCGCAAACUCACCAUGUCACUGUAUGAUGUACGUGCAUGGGACGAAUCGGUUGCCCUCGCGAGUGUACUGGAUUUCUCACUUUCCGUUACGUUUCCUCUGAUUUCUCCUGCUAUCUUUUGUUCGUUUCCAAACAUGAAACGCUUCUAUCUGGAAGAUGUUGACGACGACACGCUGAUGCGCGACAUCGUCGUGGUUCAAACGUUGAUGCAACAGGUUCAGGUCGUAGAAUAUCUCGAUCUGGAAAAUUACGUGUUAAAGGAAAGGGAAAUUCUGAAUGACAACGUGGAACGCUUCGACACUCUCGUCGGUUUAAGAAUGCUGAAGUACAGUUGCCGCGAUAUGUCGGAUGCCUCACUGCUGACGAUGGAUCUACCGGAAUUACGUGAGCUCUACCUAACGCACUGUCCUGGUGUAACGUUUAAGGGUGUCUCGUAUCUGGUCAGGCACUGUCCGCUAAUCGAAACGCUGCACGUGGAAUACAAUAAACUCGGUUUUAAUGACGAUUGUGUUGAGAUCGCUGUGAAAAAGCUAACACGACUUAGAAAAUUGUAUUUGAUCAAUUUACGUGCCUUGACGAACGAAACCGUUGAGUUAAUUUUGGUCAACUGCACUAAGUUGAGAGAGUUGACCUUUUCUUAUUGUGUGGGUAUUACAAUGGAGAAAGCUGACGCAAUAGAAAAACUAAGCUCCAUUAGGACCUUGCGUAAUCUAAUCUUCAGCUGA